GUAGCUAUCGAUCUGACCUGCGAUCGACUGCAUGCUGUUGCAUGCAUUCUUGAAGUACUGUACCAAUAUUCCAACCUAUAGACCAUCCGUCUACCCUGCAAGUCUCGAGCCACGCUGCGAAGCCAUGCGUCCUCCACUGCGGAUUGCGAUCUUGGAAUGCGAUACCCCGCUCCCCGACGCCGAUAGUCGCUAUAAUGGAUAUGGAGGUGUAUUUACUGCUCUUCUGAAAUCUAGUGCGAAGACGCUCAAUCAGUCCGACCGGUUCGAUUCAGAGAUCGAUCUUCAGAUCUCAAGAUGGGAUAUAAUGAACGGGAUAGAAUAUCCGAAGCUGGAGGAUGUUGAUGCCGUGCUUCUGAGUGGCUCGAGGUAUAACUCAUAUGAAGACGUGCCAUGGAUCAACCGUUUAGUAGAAUUCACCCAGUCAGUCCUAGCACAAGAUCGCGUCCGCCUGCUCGGAAUCUGCUUCGGCCACCAGAUCGUGGCUCGCGCACUGGGUACGAAAGUUUGUCCCAGCGAUCAAGGGUGGGAGAUUGCAGUUUGUGAUGUGGACUUGACACCCGAGGGAAAAGAGUUAUUCGGACGGAACAAGCUCCGUAUCCAGCAAGUGCACCAAGACAUCGUAUAUGAGUGUCCUCCAGGAGUGACUCUGCUGGGUUCAUCACCACGCUGUGCUGUUCAGGGAAUGUACUCUCGUCGCCGGUUUAUUACUGUUCAAGGACAUCCGGAGUUUAAUGAGGAGAUUGAAGAUGAAAUCAUCAAGCAUCUGACCGAAGAGGGUGUUUUAAGCGAGACUCAAGCGCAGGAAGCUCUCAGCAGGGUUGGGAAUGAAUACGAUGGUGUUUUUAUCGGGGCGACCUUCCUCAAGUUUUUGACAGAGGAUUAAUGAAGGAGUGUUGAUUUGUUGUCGCGGAGGCUGUGGAUAUCUAGUUGCCGCUCCUGUACAUACAAGAGUUUCAUCCAAUGUUGGGCAAUUGCCAGACAUUAGUCGUGAAGAAAUCGCAUACUUGUUGACGUCAAGC